AUGUCUCUCUCCGACUCUAAGAAGCGCCUGGCGCUGUCGAUAAUAGACUUCCUGUCCACUUCUCUCAAGGACGGCACUCUCACCGCAGAUGACGCCGACAAUAUCGAAAUUGCCAGCAACUGUAUCGCAGAGGCCUUCAAAGUCGACCCGUCUGACAAGACUGCCCUGUCCGAAGCCGUCGGCUCUCAGUCCUUGCUCAACAUCUUCUCGGUGUACGAGAAACUGCAAGGAAAGGCUCCCCCCGGUGGGACCCAGGCCCCUCCUUCGCAGCCAUCGGCUCCCCAGGCCAUAAAUCCAGAGGCAGAGAAGCUCAAGAGUGCUGGCAAUGCAGCCAUGCAACAGAAAGACUACAAGACUGCCAUCGAAAAAUACACCCAGGCCAUCUCCUACGCUCCUACAAACCCCAUCUACCUCUCCAACCGUGCCGCGGCAUAUUCUGCAAGCGGUGAUCAUGCUUCCGCCGUAAAAGAUGCCGAACUCGCCGUUGCCGCGGAUCCCAAAUACACAAAGGCUUGGUCAAGAUUAGGGCUGGCGAGAUUCGCCAUGGGCGACGCCAAAGGAAGUGUUGAGGCUUACCAGCAGGGCAUUGACUUUGAAGGAAACGGAGGCAGCGAAGCCAUGAGGAAAGGCUUGGAGACUGCAAAGAAAGAGUUGGCCCGGAUGGAAGCAGAGGAGGAGAAGAUACCUGAAGAUGAAGUAGACGAUGCCGCGGGCGAGACGCGCGGCGGGGGCGGCAUGCCGGAUCUUGCCAGCCUGGCAGGAAUGUUGGGUGGUGGUCGUGGUGGAGGCGGUAUGCCUGACUUGUCCAGCAUCAUGAGCAAUCCUAUGUUCGCAUCCAUGGCGCAGAACAUCAUGCGCAAUCCGGAGGCUCUGAGCGGAAUCAUGAACAACCCGACCCUACAGAACUUGAUGAACAAUCGCCGAGAGGGUCAAGGUGGUAUGCCCGACAUGAGCCAAAUACAACAAAUGAUGCAAGAUCCCCAGCUCGCAAGCCUUGCGCAACAGUUCAUGGGUGGAGGUGCCGGCGGCGCUGGUGCUGGGCGAGGUGGUCAGCGAUGA